UUGCAGUGUUUAUUUGUAAGUACUUUGAAUUACCGACGACAAUGUUUUGUGGAAUUUUUGGAGUUUUCAUCAUCGGAGCCUUGGGGGUACAGGCGCUGGAAAAUAAGACUUAUGAUGAUGAAUUAUUGCGGUUUCCGCACCUAAUGGGCGCCUCUGCUGAUUAUAACGUUGAUGCUGAUUUGGGAGCUAGAGAACUGAUAGCAAAGUACGGUUACAACGGAGAAAGUUAUCGUGUGACAACAACCGAUGGCUACAUACUAGAGAUGCAUCGCAUCACUGGCCCGAAAUCCAAUAAAGACCCCGCGAACAAACCGGUCGUAUUUCUGAUGCACGGGAUACUCAGUAGCUCCGUUGACUGGGUUAUUUCCGGCCCCAACAAAGCUCUAGCAUAUAUAUUAGCCGACCAAGGUUACGAUGUAUGGAUGGGUAAUGCCCGCGGUAAUCAUUACUCGAGAUCACAUGAGUGGUUAUCAGUUUUAGAUAAAAAGUACUGGCAAUUCAGUUGGCAUGAAAUCGGAAUUUAUGACUUACCGGCGAUGAUCGACUUCGUAAUUAAUGCAACAAGGGUUGAAAAAUUAUUUUACGUGGGUCAUAGUCAAGGUACAACAGCAUUUUUUGUAAUGGCAUCUACUUUACCGAAAUAUAACGACAAGAUAAUAUCAAUGUCUGCAUUAGCGCCGAUCGCUUUUGUCGGACAUAUGACGAGUCCAUUUUUCCGAAUUUUUUCGACAAUUGAUUCCGCGGUGGCUAAUGCAAUGAAUGUAAUGGGAAUAUAUGAGUUCCAACCGACUGAGCAAUUUAUGAAAAAAGUUAAAGCGGUAAUUUGUGACUCCGAGGCUUGGACUCAACCGAUUUGUGAAAAUGCUUUAUUUUUAGCCGCUGGAUUUGGCUCUGAUCAGAUGAACAGAACUUUGUUACCGGCUAUUUUGGGUCAUGUACCCGCUGGGUCGUCGGUAAAACAGUUUCUUCAUUAUUCUCAGCUUGUUAAGUCACAUCAAUUCAGACAAUUUGAUUAUGGAUUAUUGGGAAAUAUUCGUAGAUACGGUAGAUUUACUCCUCCGGAAUACGAUCUUUCAAAAAUAACUACACCCGUAGUACUUCAUUACUGUAUCAAUGACUGGCUGUCGAGUGUAAUAGAUGUUCAGACGUUGAGCAAAAAAUUACCGAACGUACAUGGCAAGAUGAAAGUACCCCAUCCGCCAUUUGGACACUUGGAUUAUUUAUAUGGCGUUCAAGCAGAUAAACUUAUUUACGAAAAAGUGCUUAGUAUCAUAGAGCCAAUGAGAAGUCGAUGAAAUUUUCAUGUAUUUAAACAUUCAAAUAAAAGAAUUUCCUCAAGAAAAAAAUAACGAAAA